ACACGAAAAGCAGAUAUGGAAGGCCUGUAACCCCCCUGUAACACAAAGCUUAGCAUUGAUUGUAGAGCAGUUUUCUACGUUUGAUUCUAUUGACUGUAAUGUACAAUCAAUCUUAAAAAUCAAGUGUAUGAUUAAGCGUUAACUUUUGUGUAAGGGGACCCUAAUAUUAGCGUCCGUGAGGAUUGCGAAAGGUGGCAAUUAUGCGUUGGUGCGACAUUAUCGGUUGUAACAAGCCUCGCUAUGCAACUACAGAUUCAAGCUACAUCAUGACCGCAUCAUGAUACGCAUGGUCUUACAAUGUCGUUCUCUUUUCAAGCACAUGAUGAACUUCGGUCAAUGUGUGUCACGUGAUCGCAUAUUUACUUGGAGGUGUGGCUGGCUGGCAGUGGAUGCCAUGAACUUGAAACUCGGUCUUAUGCUACAGUCACACCAAUGAAACCGACUCCAAACCGACCGAUGAUAAGCCAUUGGUAAUAACGGAUUACCUCUGAUCGGUCUGGAGUCGCAGGUGAGAUGGUGACAUUGAACAAAACGCGUCUAUUUGAAUUAUUGAUUUGAUUUAUAAUAUCAUGCUACCGAUGCGAAUCCAUAUACCGACUGAUAGGAACAAAAAUGUCCCAAAUCAAACAUUAAAUGACAAUCGAGAGAGAGAGGAUCGGCAAAUAUUACGAGCUGUACCUCACAGAAGAUAUCAAAAAUGAAAACGCACCCUAUAAAACGACUUGAGAUGACUGCUAUAAUCACAUUUCUUGUGCACAGAUCCUUGAAGACAGCCGAACGCUUACUUUUAGUCGUUGUUUUUCUGUAGUAUUUGUUAAUAUUAAAUUAAAAAAAUGAUAUCAAGUCUAGACGAAGAAUCUCCAGUCAUUCUCCAAGAGAAGAACCAACGGAAUGAAGAAUUAGGCUCACUGCUUACAACGGUACCAAGACCCGCCAACACGAUAUGCUCUUGCCGUUACAUUGUAAGCUAUAUGUCUUUCUUUGCAUUGGCAUGUGCUUACUUAAAUCGUGUAAACCUAAGCGUUGCAUUGACGGCGAUGGCCAACAGUACUUACAGUUCGACCUAUGACGUAGGUGUAAACUCAUCGGCUGAAAUCUGCCCUGCACGGUCGAAUGAAAGUUUGGGUGAAGAAAAGGAGGGUGAAUUUCCCUGGGACGCACACACCCAAGAGCUAAUCCUGGCGGGAUUCUAUUAUGGCCUGCCCCUAUUCCAGAUUCCGGCUGGCCUAGUGGCCGACAAGUACCCGCGAUCAACAACCAAGAUACUCUGCGUAGCGUUCCUCAUAUCAUCUGCAAGUAAUUUAUUGAUCCCUCUAGCUGCUUACAACAUUGGUGCAUCUGCAAUUAUCGCAUUGCGUGUCAUUGCAGGUGUUGCAGAGAGUGUCACCUAUCCUUGUCUUUAUUCGCUUCUGUCAAGAUGGACGCCACCUGCAGACAGGAGCAGGCAGAUUUCAAUCGCCUUUGCUGGUUCGUCGGCUGGCCAAAUUAUUGCCCAGCCGAUUUCUGGCGUUCUUUGCGACUCGGAUAUCCUUGGUGGCUGGCCAUCAACUUUUUAUCUGUUCGGUACAAUAGGGAUCAUAUGGUGCAUUCCUUGGGUUUUACUUGUAUAUUCCUCCCCUUCGACACAUCCCAGGAUAUCACAAGACGAGAAAGAUUAUAUCAUCGCUGAGCUUAAAUACCAAAAUACGCCCCCUAAGAAGUACCCAUGGAAGAACUUUGCUACCUCAUUACCCCUCUAUGCUGUUUGUGCCACCGAUUUCGCACUCCUUUGGAUCUACUUCUCACUUACUUCAAACCUUCCCAUAUUCUUAAAAGAGGCUCUUCGGUUUGAUAUCACUCAGGUUGGAAUACUUUCUUCAAUGCCGCAUAUUACUUUCGUCAUCUUAAUCAUGAUCGGGGGUUCUGUGGCAGACUUUAUUCUAAACAAUACCCCCUUAAAUCUAACUACCGUGCGGAAAAUCAUGACCACACUUGGUCUUCUGCCCGCAGGAGCCUUUCUUGUCCUCUCUAGUUAUGUUGGAUGCAAUGCUGGAUUAGUUAUCACCUUUAUUUCGUUGGCGUUGGGGAUGACUGGAUUUGCUUACUCAGGGGCGUCCCUCACAAUGAUGGAGUUUGCUACCCCCUAUGCUGGAAUGUGUGUUGCCAUAGCAAACUCGGUUGCGACCAUUCCAGGCUUCGUUGCACCACUUGUCGUAGCUGUAUUCACCGAAAAUCAGGCUGAUAUGAGUGGAUGGAGGUCAUUUUUCUGGAUAACAUUUGGAUUAACCGUUUUGGCCUGGUUAAUCUUCACAAUCUUUGGGACUUCGGAGCUUCAACCUUGGGCGCAAGAAGUCAAGGGAGGAAAUAUCGACUCUUCUAAUGGCAAGUAUGGAGGAAUCCACAACACCUGCAGUAAUGGCGAUGUCUUCAGCAAUGGCAAUUGCAACAAGGUCGGCAACAUCAGCAACAACGGCAACCUUGACCACGGCGACAACUCACUUCAUGAAAAAGAAAAGUUAAUGUAUCCCAAUUGCUGAUGGAUCAGCAAUCUUUGGGUCGGCCAACCUAUUUGAAAGAUUAAAAAAAUAUAGAAAAAAAAGGCAUCUUCAAGUUCUUGGUUCCGUUUGAGCUAUUCUUCAUAGCUAGUGACUGUCGAUUGGUCGCAAUUGAUCUAAAUGGACUUUAUUCAUGAUUCAUUCGGUUCACAUAAGCCCAUUGCUCAAUUCCAUUUGCUACUGAUUUUAAUAACUUUUAUGUUGGGGAAUUACCCCCAUAUCAAUUAAUAAAUUCCCCUUUAAUCAAUGUUUAAUCAGAUACAAAUACAAUCAUUAUGUCAUAUGGUUAUUCAAGAUGAUUGGAUGAAAUGUUUCACACUGAAAAUAUUGGAAUGAAUGGCGUGAAUGCAGUUGAAUUUCAUUUAUAAUUUUCAUAUAUUCGAGAAUAAGAAAAACUCUUUAUUAAGACAAGUUCACCCCGACAAAAAGUUUAUUUGCAUAACAAGAGAAAAAUCCAACAAGCAUAAAUUUCAUCAAAAUCGGAAGUAAACUAAGAAAGUUGACAUUUUGACGUUUCGCUAAGUUUCACAAAAGAGUUACAUGCACAUCCUGGUCGGUAUACAAAUGAGGAGACUUAUGACGUGAUCCACUCACCAUUUCUUUUGUAUUUUAUUAUAUGAAAUAUUCUGAUUUUCUCCUCAUUGUCAAGUAAAACAACGAUUAAUUCCUCCCUAAACAUGUGGAAUUACCAUUGUUUAAUACCAGGCCUAUUUGGUUCAGUCAAGUUGGUCCCUAUUGUCAAAUUUGCAAAAAAAAUAUAUUGUGUAAUUCAAACAAUACAAAAAUAAAGAAAUAGUGAGUGAGGGACAUCAUGGAAUGUCUUAUUUGUAUAUCACUGUUUUGUGAAAAAUAAGCGAAACUUUAAAAUGUCAUAACUUUCUUUUUUACAUCCGAUUUUGAUGAAAUUUUCAGCGUUAUGCCAGUUUGAAUUUUCUGUUGUGGACUUGACCUUUAGAUUGCAACAUGCCGGCCCAUGGUUCUUAACACGUUCUACAACAUUUAGGAAAAUUGAAAUAAUUUGAACAAAAAACUCUUGUAAUAAAAUACCAAACAAAUGGCGAGUAAUGCGUCGUCGACAGGUGACAGUGUUUUAUCAUGUUUAUAAAGCUCUUUUUAUUUCCCUGCUGUCAUAUUUAUCCUUUUUUUUUUUUUACUUUGGAUAUAAGUUUUAUCGAAAAUUGAAUGGAAAUAAAUGAAUAAAUGAGCAGUGAGAGA